AUGAAAAAAUGUAGUGGAUUUAACAAAGUUGCAACGCCUCAGUAUAAAAGAUUGUUCUUGAGCAUUCGUAAAUAUUCUAGUACAACGAAUAUUCUAGAAAGCUUUGGGUCGGAAGCCGAAGCGGAAGCUGGAAGCUUAGAGAAGCUCAUCUUUUUGGGAAGCCGAAGCGGAAGCUUAGAAGCUUUUUCAGAAUUUGGGAAGCCGAAGCGGAAGCUUUUUGCGAAAAAUCGUUAA